GCGCCGCCCCGCUCCAGCCUCCCCGCCCUCCCGGCGCUCCCACAUAAGGAGCCGGAGCCGGAGCCGGAGCCAGCGCUGUGCGCAGGGCGGCAGCUCCGUCAGUCCCAGCGUCGGGAUCGCAGGCGGAGCCGGUGCCGGAGAGCGCAGCCCGGGAGGCCUAGCCGGAGCGGGAGCAGCUAAACCGAGAUCAAAGAUCAAUCAUCGUUGCUGGAUUAUACCGAUCAUUGAUUAAUGGAUCGCCAAUUCAUCAGUUUAUUUGUUGAUUUAUCAAUGCUGGAUUAUUGACGACUAGUUGCUGUGCAGAGCCAGGUUAUUGAUCAACAUUGCAAGACUAUUCGUCGACUAUUGUUGAAUGACCGAUGGUUUAUUGAUUCAUUGUGAUUGGGCAUCUAAAUGACUCGCAAAGUGAUCCAGGCUAGUCCUAGUUUAUCACUAGCUGCUCAUUGCUUCUCGCCUCUUCAUGGGUUUGAUCAUACGAAGAGUGGGCCAAGUGGAUGAAAUGCCGGGGUUGAAGGUGUGAAGGCUUCAUCUCUGAACACUCCUGGAGCACCCCGUCUCCCCUUGCAUUCCGCUCCCGAGUCCGGGGAAGAUGUGAAUCAGGUUGGGGUAGGUCCGCUGGGAGGGGGAGGAGGGCAGGCAGAGAGAUGGCGAGGGAAACAAACCUGAGAUUGGACUUGCCCAGCGAGGUCCUGGUGCCUGACUGCGGGCCCUACUCGGCCCCCGUGUCGGGCGCGAUGCUCGGCUGCAACUGUAUGCGACCCUCCUCAUACCGGGCGCUGUGCAGCGCUGUGUCCACCCUGGCCAGGAUCGACGACUUCUACUGCGAGAAGAUCGGCUCGGGAUUCUUCUCGGAAGUGUUCAAGGUUCAACACCGGAUAUCGGGGCAAGUGAUGGUCCUCAAGAUGAAUAAGUUGCCGAGUAACCGCGCCAACAUGCUCCGUGAGGUCCAGCUGAUGAACCGUCUCUCCCAUCCCAAUAUCCUGCGGUUCAUGGGUGUGUGUGUGCAUGAGGGACAGUUACAUGCUCUAACGGAGUACAUAAACGGAGGGAGCCUGGAACAGGUGUUGGCCAGCAAGGACCACCUGUCGUGGUUGGUGCGCAUCAAGCUAGCACUGGACAUUGCCAAAGGCCUCUGCUAUCUGCACUCCAAGGGGAUCUUCCACCGAGACUUGACGUCCAAGAACUGCCUGGUGAAGUGUGAGGAUAAGUCCUACACUGGUGUGGUGGGAGACUUUGGCCUUUCAGAGAAGAUCCCAAAUUACAGCGGUGAUGGGGAGAAGGAGCGAUUGGCCGUGGUGGGAUCACCCUACUGGAUGGCACCCGAGGUCCUGAGAGGAGAGCUGUACGACGAGAAGACGGAUAUCUUCGCUUACGGCAUCAUUCUGUGCGAGAUGAUUGCCAGAAUACCCGCUGACCCCGACUACAUGCCCCGCACUGAGAACUUUGGGCUGGAUGUGAAGACCUUCGAGAAGAUGGUGGGAGACUGUCCGCCUGUAUUCCUGGACCUGGCUGUCCUCUGCUGUGAUCUGGAUUCCUACCAAAGGCCAUCCUUUGCUGAUAUUACGCAGCGGCUGGAAGUGAUCCUGGAACAGAGGCAGUACGAGAACACGGAACCAGAUGUAGAAACAGCAAGGGAACAUCACAUAGCCGUUGAAGUAUCAAGUGUGCACAAUGGGAGCGGCGGCGAGUGCCGGGAGGCGGCGAGGAGGAGGGACGGCGGUGGCAGCGGGGGCGGCCUGUCCCCCGGGCCGAGCCCCGCUCUGUCCAACAGCCUGCGGGUCCAGUACGAGCCGCGCCUGUCCCGCAGCCACUCGGACAUGUUGUCGCCGCCGGCCGAGCUGGGUGCCCGCGUCAACCCCUUCUCGGGCCGGGACGACCUGAAGGGCGGCAAGACCAAGCUGUACGACUCGCCCAGCAAGUCUGUGAUCUCGCUGAGCUUCGACCUGCCGAUGCCACCCUCCGCCGACUGCCAUGCCGGCCACCGCCUGGCCAUGCCCACUACCCCUGAGCCGCUGCUGCUGCUGCCCGCCCGCGGCCUACCUGCUCUGCUGCUGCCCGCCCGCUGCCGCUCGCUGCCCACCUCGCCCGUGCUCCGCCGCGGCACGCCCUUCUUCCGCCUGGAGCGGGAGACGGCCGACUGCAGCGACGAGGAGGAGGAUGAUGUUGAGCGGCCGGAGCGAUCAGGAGAGGCCGAGGCCGCCAGCAGCGGCGACAGCGACGACGCUGCGAGGGGGAGCGAAUCCGAGCGCCAUCUUCCCGGCGCCGGUUCGCCCGAGCAUGCGCACACGGCGGCGGCCGGCACCGGAGCCGGCGGGUUGUCGGGCAGUGCGCACGCGUCGGCGACGGUCGCCGGCCCUCCGAUCGACAGUGCGCACGCGUCGGAGGAGAUGGCCGGCGCUGCCGGAGGCAGCGCGCAGGCGCCGGUGGCAACGGCCGGAAUGUCGAGUAGUGCGCAGGCGCCGGCGGCAGCGGCCGGCUUGGCGGACAGUGCGCAGGCGCCGGUGUCGACGAUCGACGUGCGUGCCGGUCGGCGGGGCGAGGCCGCGCAGGCGCCGCAGCCGGAGCCGCCGGCCUGCGAUGGCGGGCAGGAGCCUGAGGAGGCGCUGUCGUGCACCGGCUGCUGCCUCGGCGGCUUCGCCUUCUUCCCGCCCGUCUGCCUGCGUCCCGCCGCCAGGCCCGCCCGCUACCGCAGCCUCAGCUGUGAGUCCGAGCAGGGCCCCCGGCACAUCCCGCAGGCCUAGCCGAGGCCCGGUGAGAGAAGCUGCUCCCCUGGAUAUCCCCAUCACCCCCAGGGUCCCCACAACAUCACCAUGAUGGCGACAAUUCCUCAUAAAUAUCACCAUGGAGACCCUUCCCCAUCACCAUGGAGACCCUUCCCUUCCCCAUCACCUUGGAGACCCUUCCCCAUCACCAAGGAGACACUUCCCCAUCUCCAUGGUGACUUCCCCAUCUCCAUGGAGAACCCCAUCACCAUGGAACAAUUCCUCAUCAACAUCACCAUGAAGACCUUUUCCCCAUCACCAUGGAGACAUCCCCAUAAACCUAUUCCUAUCCGUGCAGGGCCCAUGACACAUCCCUAGCUGUGGCCCGAAGAUUGAACCUGCUCCCGUGGAGACUGUUUCCUGCCAACAUCACCAUGGUGACCUUUCCCAUCUUCAUGGAGACCAUUCCCUACCAAUAUGACCGUGGAGACUCGCCCCCAUCACCCAUUAACAUGUUCCCAUGGAGAAUCUUCCUCACCACAGACAUUCUUCCUUACAACCCUCCUCUCCUGGAGAUUCUUCUCCAUGGCGACCCUUCAAAGCAUCUAUCAUCAUCAUGGAGGUGUUUCCAUUCACCAAUCUCCUAUUGAGACCCUUCCCCACCAACCUCUUCCCAAAGGGAUCCUUCCACCCACCAACCUUUCCCUUACACUUGACGAUCUUCCAUCUUAUCAUCCACCAAACUUCCUCUGUCUCAUCGGUCCCCCUCCUCUCCCUGUUAUCCCUUUGUCAUCGCCCCCACACCUCCAGUUGACAUAAGGCCACAUCUAGGCCUUGUAAAUACGCGCAUGGCUGCUUUAGCUCAAAAGGUUUGAGUUAGACCUUGAAAGUUCCUUAUAUUAAUCAAUGUAUUUUUUAACGCAAAGGGAAAGGGUUGGUUAGUGUGGUACCUCCAGGAGCACACUGUGCCUUUAAUGAUGCUUGGUGCAAUACUUUGCCCUUGAAUGGGGCCCAAAUCUUAAAUAGGUGUAUACAUGCAAUGGAUCUUUUUAUGUCCUUGUAUUUAUUUUUUGAUCGGUGCACUUGGAUUUUAGUUUUUUUUUUAACUGUGUUGCUUGCUUAUGGUGUACUUUAAGCAAUAUCCAUUCCUCUCAGAGGGGGUUUAAUGAAGCAAGAGAGGGACCCUCCAGUUCUUAGUCUCUGCCUGGGGUGGUGGGCCUCUGUCCAGCACUGGUUUUCCAUGAGAUCUUAUCAGAGUGAACAAAGCUACACCACCUAUUGGGUUUGGACUCAAAUUGCUGGACUCAUGACGGUAGAGAAAACAUGGACGACCCAAGAUCAAUUGUUGGCCAAACAUCAGCUUGGUGAGCCAGUAGGUGAAGAGACAGAAUGGUCACAAGCCCCAGAUUGGUGGAAGUUUCUGACCGGGAUACUACCCAAUUUUAAUUUUGAGUCUUGGGUUCCACUCAGUUUGUGCAUGCGCGCACAGACACCACCACUUGGUGUCAUUCAGCUAAAGAAGAAAAAAAAUCCCACAUCACUGUUAGGAUUUCACCCCUUUGAGGAUACUUGCACUGGUGUGGGCAGAGGGGGGGGGGGGGGGGUGGACUGAAAUCGCAGCGUUUGUAUGCACAAUACUUUGAUAUACCUCUUAUCUUGAGUGCACAGGGUGCAGGGCAGAAAACCGAACAGUAUAUAUCGCCAGAAAAUGCACAGCAAGCCCUGUGCAGAAUGUUCUUAUGAGGAAAGGGCUGGGGUAUUAGACAUUGAUUGUGUGAGGUUGGGAUGGGUUGGGGGGGGGGGGGUGUGGGUAGGGGAGUAAAAGGGACAAGCAGGUAUAUGCCAGUCUCUGCCCAGGUAUCCACACAGUGGCUGAUGAAGAUCUUUCAGGGAAGGACCACAUAGCUAACACUCCCAUAGUGGCACACAAGAGAUUGCGACUUGCCAUGGUCGAGACCUUUCUUCCAGGAAAUGAGUGGCUUCCCAGUGUUAAAAUGAUCUUUCCCCCUUAAGAUUAGACUGAGAUUUUCAGCAAAGGACACAAACUGCUGGAGUAACUCAGUGGGUCAGGCAGCAUCUCUGGAGAAAAUGAAUAGGUGGCGUUUAGGGUCGGGAUCCUUCUUCAGAAGGUCAGAAAGGUCUUCACAAUGGUUAAAUGGUUUCUUUAUCAUCACAUGUACCAUGUAAAGCAAAAUACUUUUUUGUUGAUUACAGCUCAGCAAGAUUACUACUAUCUACAAGCAUAAUCCCCCGCUUAGUACAGAACAGCCCACUAAAUCCAUAUGGAAGAGGAACCAUUUUAUCCUCUAUCGCCAAAACGUCACCUAUCUCUGUUGCUGCCUGAGCCACUGUGUUGCUCCAGCACUUUGGGUCUCUCCUUGGCAAACCAGAUCCGCAGUUCCUUGCGCCUACACUGAGAUUUCCAGCAGUUGUAGAUACAGCACCCCGAGAGAGAAAAAGACUGAGAAACUCAGCAAUGUACUAAUACUAAUAACUCAGCAGGAUAUAGCUCCUCGGAAGAGGGGGACCUGCGAGAUCCCAGUGUGCACAGAUAUUUUGUUGUAAAUUGGGCAAAUAUUGUUCUAUUUUGAGGACGCCUUUUGUAACCUUUGGUUAAUCUUUCUUGCUCUUUAUUGUCUGACCAAAGUGUCAGAGUUUAAUAAAGCUUUGAAUCUCUGAUA